AUGUUUGCAAUAUUAGGCAGAAAUUCUCAAUCAAACUAUCCAAUAUUAUUAGGUUUGGGUGAAUUCUUUGGUGCCUUAAGUGUUUUAUUCGUUGGUUUAUUUUUUGAUAAGCAUGUCUAUUCUAGUACUUAUAAUUGGACAACAGAUCCAUUUACUUUUCAUCCAUUAAUGAUGACAACUGGUUUAUUAUUUUGUUAUGGAAAUGCUAUUCUUUUAUAUAGAACAUUUAGACAAACACCUAAAUUAACUGUGAAAAUAUUACAUGCUCUUUUUCUAAUAUUAUCAUUGAUAUUUGGUGCUGUUGGAUUUACCGCUAUAAUUCGAGCCAAAAUUCUCGAUAAUGAAUCCCAUUUUAUAUCAUUUCAUUCAUGGCUUGGAUUAUUAACACUUAUUUUAUUUGUUCUACAAUGGAUUUGUGGUUUUAUUAGUUUUUUAUUUCCAAAAUUAAGUUUAGACACCCGUACAAAAUAUAUGCCAACUCAUCGAUUUUGGGGUAAAAUAAUCUUUUUAUCUGCUGUGAUAACAAUUCUAGCAGGUUUGUCGGAAUUAGGAACGUUUUCAUCAUUUUUUGUGAAAGACGAUGCAGAACGAAAGAGACGUUUGAUUAUGAAUUUUUUUGGUGUAUUUACACUUUUAUUCAGUUUGAUUGUUAUUUAUUUACUUACCAAUCCUGAUUAUCAACGACCACCAGAUGAAGAUACUGAUCAACGCAUACAAUAG